CUUCGGCACAAAGGUCUCAAGUUUGUUACUCGCCCAGGAAUCUGAAAGAGGACAUCCCCUUGCUGCUCUAAAAUGUCACUGCCCAGGACCAUGUGCUAAGCCAUUAAACACACAUGUCUAGCUUGAACUGCAGGUUCCAUUAUGGGUCGACUUGAUGGGAAGGUCAUCGUCCUGACAGCUGCUGCUCAGGGGAUUGGCCGGGCAGCUGCCUUGGCUUUUGCAAGAGAAGGUGCCAAAGUCAUUGCCACAGAUAUCAAUGAGUCCAAACUUCAGGAACUGGAAGAGUACCCCGGUAUUCAAAUUCGGACCCUUGAUGUCACAAAGAAGAAACAAAUUGACCAGUUUGCCAGUGAAAUUGAGAGACUUGAUGUUCUCUUCAAUGUUGCUGGUUUUGUCCAUCACGGAACCAUCCUGGACUGCGAGGAGAAAGACUGGGACUUCUCGAUGAAUCUCAACGUCCGCAGCAUGUACUUGAUGAUCAAGGCCUUUCUUCCUAAAAUGCUUGCACAGAAAUCUGGCAACAUUAUCAACAUGUCGUCUGUGGCUUCCAGCGUCAAAGGAGUUCUGAACAGAUGUGUGUACAGUGCAACCAAGGCGGCAGUGAUUGGCCUCACAAAGUCCGUGGCUGCAGAUUUCAUCCAGCAGGGGAUCAGGUGCAACUGCGUGUGUCCAGGUGAGGUGGGCACUACAGGGCUGUGCACCUAUCCUUUCUGACACCCUGGCUGCCACUGUGAAACCUAUCCACGGAAGCCUAUUUGCCACGUUAUACUGGGGAAAAGCUCAAAUGAAAAAGGGUCUAGGCUUUCUAAGAUAACAGUCCAACAGGGUCAACUGGGUGGCUCAGUUGGUUAAGCCUCUGCCUUCGGCUCAAGUCAUGAUCCCAGAGCCCAGGAUCAACCCUGGCAUCGGGCUCCCUGAUCAGCGGGGAGUCUGCUUCUCCCUCUGCCCUUCCCCCUGUCAUGCUCACGCGCUCUCUCUCUCAAAUAGAUAAAAUAAAAUCUUUAAAAAUAUAUAUCACAGUCCAACAGUAGGUUGGGAACGAGAUUCUUAGUCAU